CCAGUUGCGGGUAACACUUAUUCUUUAAUGUUUAGUGUCAGUAGUAAUAUGCUUCGAUGCAGUUGUCUGUGCUUUUACGACUUUAUAUACAAAAUGUAAUGGUCCUGUGUCGUCACGAGGGAUCUUUUUUUUGUUUAGAGAAUGGUAAUGACCUUUCGGGUCUCAGAACUUCAGAUGCUACUGGGAUAUGCUGGGAAGAACAAAACAGGUCGCAAAAAUGAACUGCAGAGUCGAGCCAUAGAAAUAGUGAGGUUAAGAAAUCCUGCCAUACAAGCCAAGAUAAAAGAGUUAUACAAAAGCAUACAGCAGUCCCUGAGUUAUGAACACCCGACUUACGAACACCCGCACUUACGAACGGGAUCCCAAUAUAUUCAUCACACAAAUCUACUAGAGAUGAUGUCGUUUGGUGACAGGUCACAAGCAGCAGCCAGUGGACCAACAGGAAUCCAUCCAGCCCAGAAAGUUCCUAUGGGCCUCAACACCAUUGCAAGUUACACUCAAUCUGGAGGUGUGGGAAGCAUUGGUGGGGUAAAUUCAACACACAACAGUUCCAGAUAUUCCACAAGUUCAUCACAGGUGGCACCUACAGGAAUAUCUACAGCUGUGGGCUAUUCCACAUUAACCAGUAAUAGUCACAACUCAUCAUACCCGAUUAAUCCAGAUGUCAAAUUAAAGAAGUUGCCAUUCUACGACAUCCAGGGAGAAUUGCUGAAACCAUCAUCACUUGCACCCCAAGGGUCAGGGCGCUAUCAGGAAUCCACAUUCACAUUUUCCCUCACUCCACAACAAGCCAACAAAAUUGCAAAUUCAAGAGAUCUACGACCAGGCAAACAGGAUUACUCGGUUCAGGUACAGAUGAGGUUUUGCUUACUAGAGACGACUUGUGAACAAGAAGAUAACUUCCCACCGAAUAUUGCUGUCAAAAUCAAUGAAAAAAUGUGCCCAUUGCCAACCCCAAUCCCUACCAACAAACCUGGAGUAGAACCAAAGCGACCAUCUCGCCCAGUCAAUGUAACUGCACUCUGUCGUAUAUCUCCCACAGUAACCAACAGAAUACAGGUGUCCUGGGCCUCAGAAUAUGGGCGGUGCUAUGUCAUAUCUGUUUACUUGGUGCAGAAGUUAUCCUCAGAUGACCUACUACAGAGAUUAAAAAAUAGAGGGGCCAAAAUUGCAGACUUCACAAGAUCACUCAUAAAACAGAAACUACAAGAAGAUGCAGAUUGUGAAAUAGCCACAACAUCUUUGCGAUGCUCUCUUAUGUGUCCUCUUGGGAAGAUGCGAAUGAUGUUACCAUGUCGAGCGAGUACCUGUGAUCACCUCCAGUGUUUUGAUGCAUCACUUUAUUUACAAAUGAAUGAACGAAAACCCACCUGGACGUGCCCUGUUUGUGACAAGAGUGCUGUCUACGAUUGUUUAGUGAUUGAUGGGUACUUCCAAGAGGUCCUUCAACAGAAUUCUAGCUGUAAUGAAGUGACAUUACACAAAGAUGGGGGUUGGACACCUCUCAUGCCCAAGAAGGAACAAAAAGAGCCUGAGGUUGAGAAGCGGAAAUCUGAAGUAGCUGUAGAAACAUUAAGUGAUGACAGUGAUGAUGAUGAUGAUACUCGAGACCAAGAUGAUGCACCCAUUGUAGAAGAGGUAAACAAUAAGAAAAAAUCUGCUGAGCCAGAGAUCAUUACACUUACUGAUAGUGAAGAAGACGAUGACUCGGCACCACCUCCUGCCAAACGUCCUAAUAAUGGCCAAACUACUGUCCCGGUUUCUUCAGCAUCUGCUUCUGGGUCAGCUGGCAAUAGUACUCCACAUGGUUCAGAGGGCACUAAGUCAAACGAUUCUUGGUGCGUAGGGGAAGUUGACCCCGGGAAACGACUCGUCUUUAGGAAAUCCCUCUCUUCCUCAUCUAAUGGCACUGGUGGACUACUUACACCAGCAGGGGGCAGCAGUGGUGGAGCAGCUUUUUCACCUCCAUCUUCUGGGUCAGUGAGUCCCCAGGUGAUCUGCUUGGACAGCCCUGCAUCAUCCCCAUCACCACCUCCACGUAGACCUAAUCAGGGGCCAUCUCCUUUACCUGCAGGAAUCUCACUUACUCCUGUAGUGUCAACCUCUUCCCCUACCUUUCCCUCAGGUUCCACUGAACUACGGCAAGUCAUCAAUGUCACAUCCAGAAGCACUCCUCCAAUCACAGUCAGCAGCAUCAGUACUAAUAGCAGCAGUCCGAUCCCACAUACCAGUAUAUCAGCACUAUCUUCAUCCUCAAGUACUGCAGGAACUAUAUCCUCUUCCAGUACCAAUGCUUCUAACUUCCUCACUCCCAAUCCACAAGACCCAUUAGCCACCUCACCAACAUUCAAUAUACAGCCUACCUCUUCAGCUGCAGCUGCAGCUGCUGCUGCUGCUGUUGCUGCUGCUGGACUUAACCCAAAUCCUUACUCCCUUCCACCAGCACUACAGAACCUUUUUAAUCCCUUGGGAAUGAUGCCUCCUACUACUGUGUCUGGCAGUCUGCCAUUUAGACCCCAAGACAGAUAUAUGUAAAAGCUUAGCAAGUACAGAUAUGUACUAAUUAUUAGGUAUCAAAUUGGAAAUUAUGAAACAUAUCCUUCUUAGGGUAUAUGUACAUAAAACAGUUGGGAUUAGGUACUUCUGGAUCAGCAAUUUCUUGAUAGAUUUUUUUUUUUCCACAAGUGUUUCUUGUGGGAGGUAGUGUUUAGUUUGGUUGCAAAACCCAUUCACCAAAGUGUCACUGUGUAUUUUUAGUUAAAUUUAGGAGUGCUCUUCAUAUAGUCUUUUGGUUAUCACAAAGGACUUAAUUUAGUGGUAAGUGAUAGCCAUUGGAAAUAGAGGAAAUGUUACAAGUACAAAUGUAUUCUGUGAGUUUGUUCCUUAACGGGAUAUGGUUAACACUUGUACAGUACAGUGGUGAGAGCUCGACCAAUAUGAUCAUUAGACUCAAAAUUUGCAGAUAUUGUAUUUAAGAACUUACAGCUAUCUCAAAGCACUUUAACCCUUAAACAGGCAGGGGCUUCCCUUAGCUGAAUAAAAUUGUCUGGCAUUAGCCAGAAUAAAUUACCUAAGGGAUACUUUGUCCUCUAAAGGGCUAAACCACUUCAUGUUAAAUAGCUUUUAAAGUUUAAGGGUUAAGCUUUUAUGAUACAAGAUAUUUCAUGGUGUAAGUGCUAUUUUUUUAUUUACAUAUAUACUGUACUUUCUUUUAGGGGUUAGAAAAUAGUCAAAUGUUAUAUAAAUGUUAGAAGCAUAAACUGUGUGUGUGAAAACCAAUCCAUGAAUUUUUUCUUUCUUCAUAAAUCCCCCAAAUUAGGGGAGCACAUGGUCACUGCUUUGAUUCACCCAUUUGUUUUUCCAGUAUUAAAUGUCAGACCUGUGAAGCAAUUGAAGUGAAAUAACACAAAUACAAGGGUCCCAAUUUAUCAUUGUUAUGUUAUUAAGUCACCAUUGGAUUAGAGAAGGUAUCUAUUUGGUGUCGUUUUGUUUCGUUAUAGCGCCGUUGGCUGUCACAUGCUACCGCAUAAAUACAUUAUGUUGCAAAGGACCAAAGGAACAUUCCUGUUUCAGCUUGGCUGCAAUAUUAUGUACAUUUGUGCUUCAUAAGAAUAUGCAGGAUAUUUUGCAUUAUGGUCAGUCUACCCCAACAGUGACUAGCACAAAUAAAUCCUGGAAAACAAUAACCUUUGCCACCAAAUUUGAGGUUUUAAUCUCUUCAGUCAGAGGGACUUAGCUGGUAUGUCUCUUUACACCAAGCAUCUCAUCAGAGGGACGGUAGGAAAAGCAGGGAGGGCGAAAUUGCUCUGAUAAGGCUCUUGUCUUAUUUUAAGACUCUCUGAUAUCCUUUCCUCCUCCUCUUGUGUUGGGGGUGAGUAUUGAGUUUACUGUAUUUAUCUGUUUUCUUGUAUCCUUUUCUGAGUGGCCAGCCUGUUCUCUUUACUUGUUUGAUAAGAGAUUAACCGCCAUAUGGUAGGCUGAGGGAUGGGAGCAUUCACCCCCUCUGAUAUAGUGUUUGAUGACCAUAUCAGCCCCUCUAAGCAAAGGGGUUAGGCAGCUUGAUGCUGUUGAGAGUUGUUCACAUUGGUGUCAUUCCAGGUUUACCACACACCAAGAUAAGAGCUAUUCAAGGUAAUGCUGAGAAGAUUAGCAUCAGUUUUCCAUGUGUUACAGCCAUUAGUACCAAGAAUAUUAAAAGGUCCCAACAUCAAUUAAUGAAGAAUAUGUAAAAUCUACUCAGUCUGGAUGGAUGACCAGAACCAGUGUACAGUAGUAUACCCCUUAGUCUGGCUGUGACAUGAGCUAAGGCACCAUACAACCAGUCAUUAUCACCCCCUUAUUCGGAUAAUGGGAAAAUUUAUUUGUUUAGUGUUGUUAUGUUUUAAAGUUUUUCUUUUCAGGAAUACAUAUUCAUGAGACAAGGCAGUACACAGUAAAUUCUAGAUGGUGAAGCUCAAAAAUAGGGUUCAGGUAUCAACAAGUCUUUCCUUCAGGGAGCAUCAGCCAGUUUCACCAGUCAUUUGAUAUAAGGAUCAUAUAAAGAAAACCCCCAACACUUCUUUUUUCAAGUACUUGUAUAUUGAACCUGUUGUCUGUCAAAGUGCCCUGAAAACAAACUUGAGAUUUACUGUUGUUUUACAACUGGUGAAGUAGUUAUGAAUUUUACCAAAGAUAUUCCCAAAGUUUAGAUUGUUAAAAUUUACAUUUGCCAUCAGCAUGGCUCAAUAAAGAGAUUGCAUACCUUUGGACCCAACCAUGUCUCAAGUGAAGGUGGAAGGAUCAGAUUCCCAGGUUACAAGUGGUACACAACAUGAUUUUAACGAGACCACUGUUAACCUACCUCUUUGCUGGAACACAAAGAAUACUACACAGAACAUAUGGGUAAUUCAAAA